AAGAAAAGAAUCUUUGAUUAAAUGAAAAAAAAAAAAGAAAAAAAAAUCGGUAAGUCCAGUGCAACCAUCGUAAUCAUUAAUCACGAUGUUGAAUUACGGACGCAAAUCAUCAUUGAAGAUAACCACUCAGCAGGGCGAAAAUUGUAUCAAAAAGACGUAUAAGACAAUAACAUAUUUUCAUCGCCAAGUCCUCCGCAACCAUCAUAGUCCAUAAGAACAAGGUUGAAUUACGGAGGAAUAUCAUCAUUGCAGCGAACCGCUCAGCAGGGCGAACAUUUCGAUCAUAAAAAAAGGAUAUCAUACAAUAAGAGAGAUUUAUCGCCAAGUCCUCCUCAACCAUCGUAGUCCAUAAGACAAGGUUGAACAAUGGAGGAAUAUCAUCAGCGAACCGCUCAGCAAGGCAAUUAUUUCUGUCAUUGUUAUUCCAGCAAAAGGGAGUUCACAAUGGAAUCCACCCAACAAGUUACUAGAUAUGUAUACAUGCACAAAUACAAAUCUAGUGACAAGAGCUUGAUCGCCAAGUUCAACAAGGUCGAUUACUCCGUCCUACGACAUGCCGUCACUACACCGACUUCAUCUUCCCCCUCCCAAGAUAUUGAAAAUGUUUACAUGCACAAAGACAAUUUUCAAAAUGACAAAAGCUUGAUCGCCAGGUCCAAUUUAAUCAUCGUAGUCAAGGAGACCACUCACUUUCGCGGACAAGUACAUCAUCGCAAUCCAACAAGACCGCUCAGCAGGGCGAUGACUCCGUCCAUGGCGUGCCAGACCAUCCCCCGGCUGAGAAUGAAACAUAACCGAUAUCGGUUUGCCCAUAUGCUCAUUACAGCUAUUGUCAACAAAGUUCACCGAGCGAACAACCACCGCGUCCGAUGAUUACUCUUCCUGUGCCAAAGAAUCACCUCUACACUGGUUCAGUGGAAUAA